UUCUUUCUCUACCACUACUACCAUGAACAAGAAAACCGACCUCCUUGUCCUUGGUGCAACAGGAAUAACCGGUCGUCAAACUGUUCGAUAUCUCUGCAGUCAUCUCCAACGCUCGACUUUUACUUUUUCCAUCGCCGGCCGCAGGAAGGACGCUCUCGACGCCAUCGUCGCAGAGUUUUCACUGCCAGAGUCGGUCGAUGUGCUGCAAGUGGAUGUUACGAAACCGGAUCAGGUCGAGGCGGCGGUAAAAACGACCAAGGUCGUCAUCAAUACUGUUGGUCCAUAUUGGACGUAUGGCACACCGGUGGUUAGGGCCUGUGUACAGAAUGGCAUACACUACGUUGACCUCACUGGAGAGCCCUUCUGGGUGAAGGAUAUCAUUCAAGAAUUCGACUACUUCGCCACCAAAACCGGCUCGAUUAUCGUGCCGACAUGCGGGAUGGACUGUAUACCCAGCGACCUCUGCGUCUACCUCGCUUCCAAGACCCUUCAGGGCCCCAUCGACAACUCGACCACCGCAUGGCACUUUGACGGAACAGCUUCAGGAGGCAGCCUCGCGACAAUCUUCACGAUGAUCGAGGAUGUCCCGACUGCGAAGCUUCGCUGGGCUAUGUCUAAUCACGCUCUGAGCCCUGUCGUCGGCGUUCCUCAGAAGAAGCCGUUCAAAUUCGUACGAAAGCUGCACAUACCUUUCAGUAACGAGAUAUUGGUGGGCGGACAGUGGUUCAUGGCGAACGUGGAUAGGGCGAUCGUGCAGCGGACGUGGGGGCUGCUUGAGUAUGACGCGAUGGAGGCGCGGUUGGAAGGAGACUCGGAGCGGCUGGAGGCGGCUGAGAAGGCCAGGUAUGGUCCUCUGUUCACGUAUGACGAGCUGGCUAUCAGGCCUAACGUUCUCGUGGCUGUCUUUGCGCCAUUACGCUUGCUCUUGGGCAUGAUGAGCCUGAUGAUUUCCCCGAUACGCUUCGUCGUCAAGAAGCUUCUUCGCAAACCCGGAGAAGGCCCUACCGACGCAGAAGUCGAACUGGGCGGUCUGGAAGUGGUCAAUAUCACACGGUCUGGGUCUUCGUACGCCAAGACAACGUUUAAAGGGCACGGAGAUCCAGGGUAUCUUCUUUCCUGCGUUAUGGUGGUAGAAGCAGCGCUAUGUCUUCUUCACCCAGAGACGAUUCGGCCGUUUGCGCGGCGCGGUGGUGUCCUAACGCCAGCUUCAGCGAUGGGAGACGUAUUAGCGGAACGGCUGAAUGCGACAGGGCACAUUGAAAUCGAGAGCGUCAUCCUUAAGGACGGACAGGAUAACAGGAAGACGAUUUGAGUGUUGCAUUAUUUAGUUACGAGCUUGGAUCUUUGGACGCAUAUACGAACUAUUUCCGGGAUAUGUAUGUCACAAGUGUUUCUCGAGCCAGGAAUCGUCAAAGCACCACGACAUCAGCAACGGUUCCGUCAGCGCCACGAGCGUCGCAGGAGAUACAGGCCGUAGAGGAGAUGGGCGAAGAAUCUUGUAUUUCUGGGUCAGUGGUACUGACGAUAUCGGCACCUGGAUAUGCCUUGAAGUGGAUAAGCUCCGCGAGUCGAACAAUAAGCUACCUGUUGGGAUACUGAAGAGAUGUUAAUAAGAGGGAAAGCUGCAUGGAAUUCGGAGUGCACCUGGUGAACUGUCCUUUUUCAUCUUUUCUAUCUUCCUAGAAGUAGCGGAAUUGGACGAAAAGUCAGAGUUGGCAACGACAGGGAGUCUCUGCAUGGCGGCAGGAAGGAACCAGUUCCGAUUUCCGAUUCGCGUCGCGUCUCUCACGUGAGGU